CAUGUUAUUUAAGCGGAAUAAAAGGGUAAAUCCAACUGGAAGCUGUAAUUCACUCUUGGAAACCUUCCCGGACCAAAUAUAAAGUGAAAAACAACUUCAUGGACUGUUUUAACAGCACAAAAGAGAGCGCCAGAAAGAGGCAAAGAGCGGUCAGCAAAACCUGUUGCGCCAGCAGAGUGAAAAGUAAAACUUGAAAAAACCCUAUUAAGUCAAGCGGAAAACUCCAUAAACAAAGAAGUAUAACUUCCAGAAGGCAGCACCCACAAAAGACUUGAGCAACGAACUUGGUUGUGGGCAAUGGGCUAAACUAAAUUAAAACGCUGACGAAAUCCCAAAAACCAUGAUUCAGCUACGCCUGCGCAGUCUCGUUCUGCUGCAAUUUAUAGCCUUGGCCAGUUCGGAAUAUGUAUACGGCGAACCCGAGUUCAAGUGCCCCAAAAAAGCCAAGGCCUUGUACCCCUGCGAAUGUGUAAAGGGUAGCGAUAAUGGUCUAUAUAUACGCUGUGAGAACGUAAAUCUGGCCACUUUAUCCGUAGCCCUCCAGAAUUUGGCCUCUUUUGACAUGCCCAUCGAGGAGUUGACAAUCUACAGGGGACUCUUUGUACGUCUCUAUGGACCUCUGUUUGCUCAUAUUAAGGCGCGCUUGCUGAUCAUAGAAGAAACUCCGCUGGCCACCAUUGAGGAUUAUGUAUUUUACGGGGUUAACAACACUUUGGAGGAAGUGCACCUACUCCGCACAAAUCUAAGACAGAUAGGACCACUAGGAUUUGGAAUUCUUAGCAAAACAAAGGAACUUGUAAUCGAUGGGCAUGCCUUUGAGACGCUGCCCAAAGAUCUGUUUGCUGGUCAAGAGAUCUCCAAUUCUCUUGGUGUUAUAAGGAUGACCAAUGGCAACCUGAGUGAUCUGCCUGUAGAGACUUUUCAGCCUUUGCGGAAACUGAAAACACUUGACUUGCAUGGCAAUCAAUUGGAGAAUCUUAAACGCAAUCAGUUUAAGAACCUACGAGAGUUAGAGGUUCUGGAUAUCAGCCACAACAAGAUCAAAAAGUUAGAGUCACAGCACAUAGCUGAUCUCACAAAGAUGGGAUGGUGCAACGUUUCUCACAAUGCUUUAAACGAACUAAGUCGGGGAACUUUUGCCAGAAACUCGGUCCUAAAAGUCCUGCAUUUAUCUCACAACAAUAUUUCUCGACUAGAUGCAAAUAGUUUCAGAGGAAUGCGAUUCCUGCGACGUCUUUUCCUAAGCGAUAAUGUGCUCACAGAGGUUGGACGCGGUACUUUUGGUUCAAUACAACGCAUUGGCACUAUAGAUUUGGCACGCAACCAACUGAGGAAGGUCGAAUACCAGAUGUUUACGCAGAUGAACUAUGUGGAGCUCCUCGACUUAGCGGAGAACAACAUCACCACGAUUGAGAAGAAUUCGUUUAAGGAUAUUUACCAGGCUGUAAUAAACGUCUCGCAUAAUGCUUUGGAACUAAUAGAAACGGCAGCCUUUGAAAACUGUGUGAACAUCACGGUUCUUGACUUGUCUUAUAAUCGUUUGGCCAACUUUUCGCGUCGCAGCUUUGAUGAGACUACUUUUGCCACCUACUUUCAGCUGAGCUAUAAUAACUUCACCAAUUUAGCGCAGAUUCCUUUGCAAAACAUGACGGGCUUAAAAGUACUGAACGCCUCGCACAACAGCAUAACUGAUAUACCCAAGAACUGUUUUCCGAAACUUUAUGAACUGCACACCAUUGAUGUGUCGCACAAUAACAUCUCCAGCAUAUUUAAUGGAGUUUUUCAAACCCUGUUCUCGCUACGCUCCAUUGAUCUAAGUUACAAUAGCAUGAAGGAGAUAAAAUCGUCAACUUUUGGCACUUUGCCUACCCUCCUGGAAAUGGAUCUGAGUCAUAAUAAACUAGUUUCCGUAGUUCGAGGAUCGCUGGCCAAGCUGACCAGCAUGCGGCAGCUCUACUUAAAUAACAAUCAACUGGAAAAGCUAUUCCAGUUGCCCAUUUCGCUAAAUGAACUGCAUUUCAGCCACAACAGACUUGCUGAAAUACCUGCGGGUACUUGGCCGGUGAUGAACUCCUUAAUUUACUUGGACUUGAGCCAUAAUCAGCUCGGUAAUAGUCUAAAUGGGCAAAGUUUUACGGGUCUGUUGGUGGUGCAACGCUUAAAGCUUCAGAACAAUGGCAUUACACAGCCGCCAAUGGAGGCGGUGUCCGUCAUGUCAACGCUGCAGUACUUAUAUUUGGAGAACAAUAAUAUUACCACCCUGGAGCGCAGUGCCUUUGGCAAACUACCCGUUUUGUUUGAGUUAAAUCUGUUUAAUAACCAAGUUAGGGAUAUAAGCAAACGAGCUUUUGAGGGCCUGUUGCAGCUACUCACUUUGAAUCUGUCCUCCAACGGAAUCCAGCAGCUACAAAAUGACAUCUUUAUUGGCCUGCCCUCAUUGCGAACUCUUGAUCUGUCCUUCAAUUCGCUCUCCAAGUUGGACAACAAGACCAAUGGUGUCCUUGACGAUUUACUCAGCUUGGAAACCCUGGAUUUAAGUCACAAUCGUAUAAGUUUUGUGACCAAAAAGACCUUUCCAUCGCAUCAGUACAUUCCCUACAAUCUGAGGAACCUGAAUCUGAGCUACAACCAAAUGCCAGUGCUUACCUAUGAUAUUACCUUCGGCACCAAGAAGCUAUUCAAAUUGGAUGUGUCCCAUAACCAGAUCAACGAUCUAAGGAGAGGUGUUCUUUCCAACUUCACUUCACUUCAAAGUCUGGACAUGUCCUACAAUGAGCUGGCAAAUCUGGCAUCCGAGGAGCACAUCUUUGACCUGCCACAAAACCUAAGCACUUUGGAUCUGUCCCACAACCAAAUCUACCAUCUGCCCUUCGGCAAUCUGGUGAAAGUGAACUCCCUGAAAUAUGUUGAUCUAACGAACAAUAGCUUGGAGGAUGUGCCGGCAUCGAUAGUGGGCAGCAUGCGGAAUGGCAGUCAAGUGCUUCUUGCCGGAAAUCCACUGCACUGCGCCUGUAAUGCCCGUCCUCUGAAGCACUUUAUGCUGCAGCAAACGGCCCCCGGUGAGGAUUUCCAGGGCAUCUACUGCGGCACACCGGCUUUGAUCAAGGACAAGCAGCUGCUCUCGCUGGAUGAUGAGUAUCUGCACUGCGCCGAAGACGAGCGGGAGAUAUACAAGGGCUUUGACUAUGAACAGCUUACGGACGUCCGUUUCCGUGAAGUGAAAACCAACAAAGUUGGCCAGCUGACCCUGAGCUGGUAUGUAUCCGGCACUUCAGACGUCUCCGACUUUCAUGUUUACAUUCGGAGCACCGGCAAUGAGGUGCUACACCAGUCGGACUACGCCUACAACAAUCGUACUGCCCAGAUUCCAGUAGAGGAUCUCGUGGUGCUUGGAGAAGAGAAACUGCGUGGCGCUGAGAUUUGCAUAGUGUCCAGGGAUAGCUACGGCAACACCCGCAAGUGGUUCUCCGGUCAGUGUCAGCAGUUGCCAUCGCUCAAGCGUCCCCGUACUUUCUUCUUUGGAAACUUUCAGGUCAGGGGAGGUGUUUCCAAAACCUCCAGCAGUCUACCUCACUGUCUUUUGUAUAUAAUACUCGUUUUGUUUGUUUCCCCGUUGAAGUAAACAUCAUAAUUAAUUUAAUAUUAUGUAUCUUUUCGAACUUAAAACUAUGUUUACAUAUCGUUUAGUUAUUUGUUUAUAAAAAUAUUCUGGUGAUGCGAACUACAAAGACACAAAUGUAAAAUACUAAGACUAACCGUUUUAAGUUCGAAUCGAUGUGAUAAAAUGAACCUUUUGAAAA